UUAUAGGAUGAGUAGGCAAAGUUAUACUUAUAUGAAGUCAAAAGGCAAUGGCACUAAUGGAAAUAGGAGCUUACAAAGAAAUAUUAUUAAUAUCAAUCAGCCACUUGUUAAUAGAAACGGGUAUAAUUAUCUCAAUCAAUCUGUUGAGGCGGAUAUGGUUAUGAGCAAUUCACGCCUCUCCCCAACCAACAACUCUCAGUUUGGAUAUAUUAAUGGAGAGGUCCGGAGGACAAAUUCUAGUAUCAAAAUUAACCCUGAGAACAAUGAUGUAGUGAUGCCUCUUAAAAGCAAAACCAAAGAGUGAAAGAAGAAAGUAGGAAGGAUGUACUCUACUCUAAAUCAUUUCUAUAAAUAAAAAUGGAGUUGGGAACAAGCUGAAGCAAAAAUUUUCAAGCAAGAACAAUAUGCACUCGAAUUAUAGUGAUUAUUCCAGCAACCAGAAAAUGACUGUUAAUGAUCAUAAAAAGAAAGUUAAGAAAGGACAUAACCCGUUUCUCAUAACUGCUCAUCCCUCAAUGCAAGAUCAAGAGUCAUUCCAAAGUAGAUGAAGGAGUGAUUUAAAGCUCAAUUGGAAAUCAGGUCUAAGGAAAUCACCUAACAGCCAGGACGAGUUUGAAUCCCUGGGUAAUAAAAACCUUGCAGAACUUAACUCCAGUGGAUGGAAGAUCUCUAAGCGUAAAAGUGGGAAUAAAUCUCCUGAUUACUUUAAUAAAAAGCCUAAGCCUUUUGUCAAGAACAACUUACCGCCUGUUAUUCUGAAGACAGCCCAGUGUUUUUAUAAAUAAAGGUUCUAUUAAGGUCAAUAACAGUGAUGAAUACAUUAAAAUAGAGAAACCAAAACAAAAGAAAAUCUAUAAAUAAAUUACAUAACGAUAUAAUGGAUAUUCCUGAGAUCUCAAAUGAUCAAGAAGAAGACUCAACAGAAAUAACUCCAAAUUUCUUUAGUGAUAUUCAUAAAAGUGAAUUCGUUUCUGUACCUAUAAAUAUUAAGCAUAAUGAUGAGAACUUUGACCAGAGCUCAUCCUUCAUUGAUUAUAAUGAGAACAUGUUCAAGAGUGCUCAAGACCGUCAGAGAGAUUUCAUCUUUAAGUAUGAGGAUGUCAACCCCAAAAUAAUUGGGGAAGAAGCUAAAUCAAAUAUCAAAUUACAGCAAAAGAGAAGAAAUACUCUCAGUAGAGAUAGAGUGCCUACCAGAAAGGGUCUAAGUAGGGCAAGAAGGAAAAGAUUUAAUGACUUUGCUCAACAUAAUAAAGGCUAUAACCCAGUUGAGUCAUAUGAACCUGUCAAAAUAUACGACUCUAACCCUGGAAUAGGUAAUAUGUAUGAGUAAUUGCCAGCUCGAUGUCAAGGUCAAUUCCCUUCUUGUCGAACAUAAUUAGUUAAUUUGCCAUUUAUCUAAAAGCUAAUUUCCUAAAAUUUGU